CGUCCUCUUUCUCCGUCGGCUUCAGCAGGCGGAGCCCGCACUUCCGCGGGGCGGAGCCCGUCCAGUGCUGACGUUGGCAGCCGAACCCGAAGUAGUUCGAGGCUACGGACAGCGCUACACGGUUGUUGCGUUGCAUUUCCUUCCUCUUUCACUCCACGCUCCCGGCGGCGGCCAGAGCGGCGGCGCAAGACCAUCUCGGCGGCCUGCUGUCGUCCCGCGCGCCCACCUCUCCGCCGGCCAGUCCGGCGUCGUCAGUCAGUCGGCGGCCCGCGCCCGGCUAGCGCUUGUCUAGCCCAGGCCCAGCGGCCGGAGCUAGCGCCCCGCCUGAGAGCCUCCAAGCUCCGGCGGCGCAGGCACCAGGAGCAGAGCGUCGCGGCGGCCCAAGGGGAGGCGAGCGAGCGCGUCCAAGGGGUGGCUGGGGCAGGUGGUGGCGCCGCGAAGAUGGUCGCCAAGCAGCGAAUCCGUAUGGCCAACGAGAAGCACAGCAAGAACAUCACCCAGCGCGGCAACGUCGCCAAGACCUCGAGAAAUGCUCCCGAAGAGAAGGCGUCUGUAGGACCCUGGUUAUUGGCUCUCUUCAUUUUUGUUGUUUGUGGUUCUGCAAUUUUCCAGAUUAUUCAAAGUAUCAGGAUGGGCAUGUGAAGUGACUGACCUUAAGAUGUUUCCAUUCUCCUGUGAAUUUUAACUUGAACUCAUUCCUGAUGUUUGAUACCCUGGUUAAAAACAAUUCAGUAAAGCAUCCUGCCUCAGAAUGACUUUCCAUAUCAUCCUUCAUUUGUCAUUCCAAGGUUUCUUCACGAGUCAUUCCAAGUUUUCUAGUCCAUACCACAGUGCCUUGCAAAAGCACCACAUGAAUAAAGCAAUAAAAUUUGAUUGUUAAGCUACAGUAGUGGACCCUACUUAUUCAGUCAGUAAAGAGUAAAUUUUUUUAAUGUGGUUAUUAAAACAGUAUCCAGUAUAGAUAAUUAGAUUAAGUCUAUGUAGACAGGGUCUAGAUUUUGUUAACCCUAAUGUGUAAAUGCAAUUAGCUUAAUUUAAAGUUUGGAGUUUGGUUUUUAUAUAGCUAGGCACUUUAUUACUGUAUCUUGAAUUGAAAGCACACUCCCAUAUAGGGUCAUGUAACUGUCAUGUAAUAAAGUGCUUAUAAUGGAACCCAACUACACAGCCUAGUUUUCCCAUAAUCUUUAGCACCUAAAUUUUUUAAAAGCUAAAUGCUUAAUAUAAAGGGAGAUGCUUACAGCUACAACAUCUAUUUUAACAAUAUUUCUGUUACACUACCUUGGAUUUUGCAUGAGUAAUUAUACUAACCUGAAAUGCCAUAAGAAAACAACUUGAUUGAGCAUUUUGUAACUUAAUGAGUCAAUUCAUUUUCACUAAAAGCUACCAUGGUGGAGUAAAAUCAGGGACAGUUUAUGUCACCAUUGAUUUCACCAGAAUUACUUUAAUAUAUCAAAGGGGUCUACUGUGCUAGACAACAUUUUAGGGAAAAAUACUACUAAAACUGGGUGUCUCAUCAGGACAUACUGAUGAGUCCAAUGUGCCGUAAGACAUCUGAGCACAUUAAUAGCACUUUUGAUACCAAAAAAGGCACAUCAAUUAAAAAGUUACUUAGUGUUUGGAAAUAAUUUUCUAGAUUUAUGAUUAAAAUUUUGUUAGGGUACUAGAUACGUCAGACUAAAGUGCCCUCUGGAAGUAAAUGGAUUUACUGAUAAGGAUCAGUCUUUAUAGUCUUCCCUUUGUUGUAUAAUUUUAUAGGUUAUGAUUGAUCAAAGUUUCUUUUUACUAAUGGUAAGGGUGAGAAGGCAGGUUUUGGGUUCUCUGGUACUGUUGAAAAUUUUAAGUUUUGGCUAUUUAAAUACUUAGUCAUAACUUGAUUAAAAAAAAAAAAAAGCCUGAGAGGUGUCUCUGUAUCAAUGAAUUGGAAUGAAAGCUGCUCGUUUGCUUUGUUAAUUGCCUCAGGAUAUCUUUUAAAAUAAGCUCUUUUAAGAGGAACAGAAGGGAAGUCUGCUACCUAAUACACAGUGUGAACCUCAGAGCUUCUGAUACCCCUAAAUGUAGGAGGAGAAUGAGGGAGAGGAGCAGUUAAGAAGGUUUAGGAAUUUACUCAAGAAUAGGGAAGGCAUCAGCCGACCUUGGACCAGCAGGUUUUUAUCUGCAUUGUUACCUGCCUUUCUCACCCAGGAAAUCAGCGCUGUACUUGUUUCCCUCUUUGAAGCCAGUGUCUUGGUUGACUAAUUCUAUUUUAUUGUAACUCUAAAAAUGAAAGUUACUGUUCUAAAUUUAUAUAGCAGGUGCCUUAUUCUUUGCUUUGAGUCAAACCAUUCCAUAUUAGAAUUUCCCCUGGUUUACUAUAGAUAAUUGGCUUUAAGAUGUUCGGGUUUUGUUUUUUUUUUUUUUGAUUGUACAGUGUAUUAAUUUGACUGUUAAAUUGCUAUAGCUAGCAAUCAUUUUACAUAUGUAAAGUUGCAUUCCCUUUGUAUUUCAUGUGUAAUUUCCUAAUUGAGAACAUUUUAUAUUAAGGAUGGAUUAUGCAUGUUUGGGUCAAUGAAAGCUAUGUCUUAUUUGAUUUAUCCUUUAAAAAUAAAGUUCCCUGAAUAUUU